AUGAUGGGAUCGUCAAUAAAAACUUUAUGUGAAGCUCAAGAGAAAUAUGCUAGGAGAAUUGCUAAAAGAAAUGCUAAUAGAGAUUGUAUUAUAACUGCUGAUCUAAAAAAAUAUGGGUAUAAACAAGGUAAUAAAGUUGACUUUGCUGCAAGUAAUAAUAGACUUGAUUGGAUAAAACAAUUAAUUGAACUAGGAUAUGAAGGAACAGAAGAUGCAAUUAUUGAUGCUGCUGGAAAUGGACAUCUUGAAGUUGUAAAAUAUUUACAUGAAUUAGGGUAUAAAUGUUCACAUCGGACAAUUAAUUGUGUUGCUAAUAAUGGACAUCUUGAAGUAAUUAAAUAUUUGCAUGAAUUAGGGUAUAAAGGAGAUGGAUUUGCAAUUAAUUAUGCUGCUGAAAAUGGUUACCUUGAAGUUAUUAAAUAUUUACAUGAAUUAGGGUAUAAAGGUGAUGAUUAUGCAAUUAAUUAUGCUGCUCGAAAUGGUCAUCUUGAAAUUAUUAAAUAUUUACAUGAAUUAGGGUAUAAAGGUAUAAUUGGUUAUGCUGAAUACUAUGACCGCACUGAAGUAAUUGAAUAUUUACGUUCUGUUGGAUAUAGUUAA